CUUCUUCUUCUGCGUUUGUGUUUGUCAAAACAAAAUUAAAUAAAAUCUCGCUAUUUCGGCCGCAACGCGUAAUUGUUACCGAAAUUCGUAAUAUUUGUGUGUUUGUCUGUUAACGUCGGCCCCCGGGCUUCUGUGCACAUGUCCCUAUUUGUAAGGUUUCCCUUAAAAUGCCGCCCAAUCGCCGCGGAGCGUUGCGCGUCUGAGGACCAACUAUAAAAGUGAAGAUGAUUCGCCAGAGGCACUGGUGACUGUUGAAAUCUCAAUUAAAAGCGCUGCCAUGCUACAGUACAAGAGUGCCGCCGGAGCGGCCACAACCAGUGCGCCCCAAGCCACGCCCGCGGUGACGAACAUUACUGGCAAAGCGGCGGCGCCCUCGAAUGCAGUGUCCAAUGUAGCCGCUCAGGCCCAGACGGGUGUUCCCGGAGGGGCGCCCACCAUGCAACAGAUAAUCAACAUCCAUCAGAUGCCGCACCAGUUUGCCGGCGGCGGCGGUCAGGCGGGCGGAAUGCCACAGAACAUGUUCCAGAUCGUUCAGCCGAUGCCUAUGCAAACGGUGAAUAUCGAUGGCCAGGAAGCCAUCUUCAUACCCAACCUGAACGCACAGUUGGCCACGGCGCAGGCGGUGAAUAUCAACGGCCAGCAGGCCUUCAUCACCCCCAGCGGACAGAUACUGCGCGCCCCCCAGAUGGCAGCUGCCAAUCCUGCUGCACCCAAUUGCAUCCAGUUGCAGCAACUCAACGGUCUGGGGCAAGAACAGACGCAGCUGAUCAGCAUCCCGGGCACGAACAUUCAAAUACCCGUCACCAAUCUCAUCCAGCAGCAACAGCAGCAGGUGGUGCAGCAGCAGACACAGGCGACUGCGGCGACGGCUUCUGGAACUGGAACGGCGGGACCAGGGGGUGCUAAUAGCGCGACAGCUGGCCAGCUACCUGGGAGCAUCACCAUUCCGGGCACGAAUCUGCAAAUCCCAACGUCGGUGGCAGCGGCCAACGGUUUGUUGGGCAACAUCUCCAAUCUCCUGGGCGGCGGAGGUCAAUCCAUUAAGCUGGAGAAUGGACAGCUGCAGCUGCGUCCGCAACUGGUCCAGUUUCCGGCGCAGGCCGUGCCCCAGCAGCAGCAAACGGUGGCGGUGCAAAUACCCGUCCAGACCGCCGGCGGACAGACCGUUUACCAGACGGUUCACGUGCCCGUCCAGGCAGCCGCCACAGCGGCGGCGGGUGGAGGACUGCAGAACCUGUUGCAGGCGCAAUCUCUGCAAGUGCCCGCCGCCUCCCAGAUGCAGAUCAUACCACAGUUUGCCCAGAUCGCACAAAUUGUGACGCCCAACGGGCAGAUUCAGCAAGUGCAGUUGGCCAUGCCAUAUCCUCAGCUGCCGCCCAACGCCAAUAUCAUACAUAUCCAGAAUCCCCACCAGCAGCAACAACAACAAGUCCAGCAGCAGCAGGCGCAGCAGCAACAACAGCAGCAGCAGGCGCAGCAACAGCAGCAGGCCCAGCAACAGCAACAGGCUCAGCAGCAACAACAAGUCCAGGCGCAACACCAGCAACUCUUGCAGGCCAUCAAUGAAGCGUCAGCAGGAGGACAAAUUCCUGCUAACCAGCCCAUAACCAUCACCAAUGCCCAGGGCCAGCAAUUGACUGUGAUUCCUGCCCAGCUCCGCCAGGCGGCACAGCCGGCACCGACCCCCACACCCGCUGCCGUACCGGCGCAGAUGCAAAUGCCUAAUCUGCAAGCGUUGCCUAUUCAGAAUAUCCCCGGAUUAGGCCAAGUUCAGAUCAUUCAGGCGAACCAACUGCCGCCUAAUCUGCCGGCCAACUUCCAGCAGGUACUGACCCAACUGCCAAUGGCCCAGGCGCAGGUACAAGGCCAUGUGCAGAACGCGCAGGGACAGAGUCAGGCACAGGUGAUGCCAAAGCAGGAACCGCAGAGUCCCACGCAAAUGAUAACCAGUAUAAAGCAAGAGCCACCGGACACCUUUGGACCCACCACCACCGCCACAAACACCACGGCUAGUGUUAAUCGCCCAUCAGCCGCAUCCACGCCAAACAACAACACCUCCUCACCGCAACAGAUCAAGUUCCUUCACGCGGAAGGCAAUACUCUGUCCAACUUGAGCAUACCAGCCUCCAUUCAGAUCACAGCCCUGCCUCAGCCGGCGCCUGCCGCUCCGCCACCCAUCCCUGUGGCGUUGCCCACGCGGAGCAAAGGCAAUCUGGUGACCGUUCCCAGCUCACAGAUUUCCAUAGCGCCUGUGACCGGUGGCCAGGUAGUCACUGUUGCCACACCGGCUAGAGGUGGGACAGCCAGCAUACGGAGCACUAAUAGUGUCACAACCGCGAUACCAACGCCUGCCCCGAAUCUAAAUGUAAACGUCAGUGCGGCGACUGGAGGUGGAAGUGGAGGAACAACAGGCGGCGUUGGAGUAGCCGCCACUGGAGACCCCAAGCCCCGGCUGAAGCGAGUGGCCUGCACCUGUCCCAACUGCACUGACGGUGAGAAGCAUUCGGACAAAAAGCGGCAGCACAUUUGCCACAUCCCUGGCUGCCAGAAGGUGUAUGGCAAGACAUCCCACUUACGGGCGCACCUGCGGUGGCACACCGGCGAGCGACCGUUCGUCUGCUCCUGGGUGUUCUGCGGCAAACGCUUCACCCGCUCCGAUGAACUACAGCGCCACCGGCGGACGCACACGGGCGAGAAGCGGUUCCAGUGCCGCGAAUGCAACAAGAAAUUCAUGCGCAGCGAUCACCUCUCCAAGCACAUCAAGACGCACUUCAAGAGCCGCACCGGCGUCGAGCUAAUCGAGCUGAGCAUCAAGCAGGAGGGAAAGAGUUCCAAUGUGCCCAAAAGCAUUAGCACAAUGACCGGCAUUAUGACGAUCGAGAUUCCGGGCGGCGGCGGCGGCGGGGGAGCGGGCGCCACGGGCAGUGGAGCCUCCAGCGUAGCGGCCACGGUUGCGGGCUCAACUGUGACGCCUGGCGGUGCCACAAUCGUUCAACUGCCAGCUGUGGAGGCCAGCACCGGCGGUGGCGGAGGCGGCGACAGUUUCGGUGAGGAUGAAGAUGAGGAGGAUGGUGAAAUGACCGAAGAGGACGACGAAGAGGAACUAGACGAAGAGUUGGACGAGGACGAAGAUCUGGAGGAUCUCGAGGAUGAGAUGGACGACGGUGAGGAGCCUGAGGCGGACAGCAGUGAUGAGACCAAGAUGACCAUUGCUGUUAGCGAGCCGGGCGAAAACUCGUCCAACUAGCAUUCGGAGUCGCUGUUCAUGGAACAGUUCCUGUUUGAUCACUUCCCAUAGCACCCACCGCUAGCGCUACCGCUACCGAUCCUGCCACUGCCCGGCCACGUCGUCGCCCCGUGGGACCAUGUUUAGAGCUAGUUUUUAACUGUAUAGAUGUACAUAGCGUAAUUAUGUAAAAUCGAGCAUUUUAAAUGUUGUAACUCCAA